AGUACCGUUAAUAUUGCCUUUAAAGAUUUUAAGAUUAUUAAUUGAAAAACCAUUUAAACAUUAUUUGACAGGUUUUAUUCAAAUUUUAUCUCAUAUAUGUUUGGUGCAUGCUGGCUAAAGAAUAAGUGCUGUAUUAAUAUUUCAGUUUAGUGAGAUUAUCAUCAUAUUCUUUAUAAAACGAUUUCGUAAACAAUUAUGAUUCAGGUAAGAUAUCGGAAACUUUUUAUUGGUGGCAUUGAUCCCGAAGUAGCAGAGAAUGAUCUAAGAGAGUAUUUCGAAAAAUAUGGCGUCAUCAGUGGUUGUACAAUUCAUCGAAACAGGGACACGGGAACAUCUAGGGGUUUUGCGUUCAUCACUUUCAAAGAAGCAACUUCUGUAGAUGCAGUACAAAAUAGUCGUCCGCACAUCAUAAAUAGUUGUGAGGUAACUACAAAAAGAGCGGUGCCAAGAGAACUAUUUCAAGCUUUUGACGGACUUUUAACAGUUAGUAAAAUCUUUGUCGGUGGACUAAAAUCUGAAAUUCAAGAAACCGACUUGAGAGAUUAUUUUUCAAGCUUUGGAAGAGUUUGUAGAGUAGAUAUUAUGGUCGAUAGAAACACAAAUACGAUGAGGGGAUUCGGAUUUGUUGAAUUCGACGACUAUGAUCCCGUGGACAAAGUAAUCUUGCAAGGAAAUCAUGCGAUACUUGGACAAGAUAUUACUGUCAGAAAAGGUAAUUCAUUACAUUAUGAAUAG